AUGUCUAACGGAAAUGAAGAACCUACAGAUCUAGAUUGGAUUCAAUUGCGACGUGAUAUGGGAACAUCGCAUCAUACAGAAACAACAAAGGAAAAAUUUGUUCGAAAGUUCAAAGAAAAUCCAUUUGUUCCAAUUGGGUGCUUUGCUACUGCAGGAGCAUUAUCCUAUGGCCUAUGGUGUUUCAGAACUGGCAAAACCAAAUUAUCACAACGGAUGAUGCGUGUGAGAAUUGUUGCACAAGGUUUAACUAUUACAGCUCUCGUAGUUGGAGUUAUGAUGACAGCUGGAAAAUCUCUUAAUUAG